ACCAGACGUAAUGCUGAGGCUAUCACACGGACAGAUCUCCAGAGAGACGAGAGUUUCUAUGAGGAAGCGGAGGCGCCUCGUCGCGUCAUUCGGUGCUCGGGCGUUCGGCAGGAAACGGUCUUUCCUCCCGGAUAGUUGCGCUCUUUUCCGCUGGCUCAAUGCGCCUCUCCGUCCAGAACCCGCGGAAGCCAGCCAGAAGGAAAAAUGCCUCCUUCUACAGCGAACAGAUCCUCUCUCGGGCUCUUAGCGACGGUUUUCGCCGUGUUUCUAACGGCUCUCCAAGCGCGCACGGCCGCCGCGCUCCAGAUUCAACAGGCGUUCGCGUCUCCCAGCCGCACCAAUAACUUCGUGGUGGACGCGGUGUCGCGUCGCGUUUACCUGGCCGCGGUCAACAGCCUGUACCAGCUGAACGCCACGCUCGCCAGGGAGGUGGAGACGCGCACGGGACCGGUGCUGGACAACCCGCUGUGCCACGCGCCGCAGCUGCCGCAGGCGACGUGCGAGCACCAGAAGACGCUCACCGACAACCACAACAAGCUCCUCGCGCUGGACCGCGAGCAGGGCGUGCUGCUGGCCUGCGGCUCGGUGUACCAGGGCUUCUGCGAGCUGCGCAGCAUGGACAACGUGUCCCGGGUGGCCGUCAAGUUCCCGCAGGACGGGGCCACCGUGUUCCCGAGCAUGCUCAACAUUGUGGCCAACCACGAGAAGGCGAGCACCGUCGGGCUCGUCUUUCGGAGUCACGGCGGCGCGCCGCGGCUGCUGGUGGGAGCCACGUACACGGGCAUGGGGACCGAGUAUUUCCCCAAGAACCACAGCAAAGAGGACCUGCGCUUCGAGAACACGCCCGAGAUCGCCAUCCGCUCGCUCAACACCAAAGACCUCGGCCGGCUCUUCACCUACGACAUCAACCCGUCCGAGGACAACGUGUUCAAGAUCAAGCAGGAGGUCAAGCAGAAGAACAAGCUCAACUUCGUGCACGCCUUCGUGCACAAGAGCUACUCGUACAUCGCCAUCAACAACGACGCCAACACGGGUCUGAAGGAGAGCCAGCCCAACAGCAUCCUGGCGCGCAUCUGUCUGGACACGGACGAUCCCCGCAGGUCCGCGGAGAGCCGCAAGCUCACCGAGUCCUACAUCCAGAUGGGCAUUCAGUGCGGAUCCAACGGGAAUAUCUACAACCGCCUGCUCUCCAUCUACCCCGUGGACAUCAGCGCGCAGCGCGCGGCGGGCACGGAGCCCUAUCUGUUCGGGGUGUUCGCGCGGGCGGGCGGUCAGUCGGCCGUGUGCGCCUUCCGCGUGGCGGCUGUGGAGGAGAUGAUCCGCCAGGGCCGCCGCAACUGCUCCAGCGGGCCGAACAGCGACGUGCAGGUCCUGGACAGCGUCAUCCAGGGCUCCGGGGCCGAGUGCGAGCGCAAGGGGGCCAUCAAGCUUCAGGAGGAGCAGCUGAACUGUGGGGCCGCUCACCUCCAGCACCCGCUGGCCCUGAGGAAGCCCCUGAGGGCCCCACCCAUCUAUGAGGCCCCGGGCCUCAGCUCUAUUGCUGUUGACAACGUCCACAACCGCACCGUCGUGUUCCUGGGGACCAACUGGGGCCGACUGCGAAAGCUGUCUCUGCUGGCUAACCUGUCCGUGGCUAAUCUGUGGUCACUGAGACUCGCCGCUAACGAACCCGUUCACCACAUCAUGACCUUCGACCCCAGCGACCACAACUACCUGUACCUCAUGACCACACACCACCUCCUGCGGGUUCAGGUGUCUGUGUGUGGUCUCUACAGCUCGUGCAGUGAGUGUGUGAGCGCCGGCGAUGCCCACUGCGGCUGGUGUACGCUGGAGAGAAGGUGUUCGGUCCAGAAGGGCUGCUCCAGCGGGACUCUGGGCCGCUCGUGGAUCAGCACAGGGGACGGAGUCCAGCAGUGUCCCUCCAUGACCAUCACACCCUCAGAGAUCAGCCGCUCCGCUCACAUGAGGGACGUGGGGAUCCUGAUCAACGGCAGUGUGCCGGAUCUGCAGGGUUUGCAGUUGGAGUGUGAUUAUGGCAUGGGAAUCACCACAAAUGCCACCGUACAUCUGGACUACGGCACAACCCAGAUCCAGACCUGCCCUCUGCUGCCCCUUCACAUGUAUCCCACAAUCCCCUUCGGCAAAGAUCACGUCACGGUCCCCGUGGCCAUCAAGGUUAAUGGUGUUCCUGUGGUUUCCGGAAGUUUCAUCAUUUAUGAGUGCAAACUAACUGGAGAAAUCCACUACAAAACUGCGUGCACAAGCUGUUUGAGUGCGGCGUGGCGCUGUUACUGGGACCCGCAGCUCAGUGUGUGUGUUUCCAGCAAAGUCAACACACCGCAUGCUCUUCUGGAGAAUUCCUCGUGCUGUCCCAGGAUGCUGGCCGAUGAUGUUCCUCCACUGCCCACUGGAAGCACUCAUGUCUUCUCCCUGGAGCUCGAGAACAUAGAGCAUGGUGCUGAGCUGGACUGUGAUUUCGGCGACGGGCAGCUCUACAGAGCGCAGUGGCUGGAUGGGCCGUCGGUGAACUGCAGUGGAGUGACCCUAAAAACUACAAUGUGGAGCAAGAUAUUCAAUCUGAAUCUUCGGAGAAGAGGAACCAGCACAUAUAUAGACAGUCCAAAGACAAUGACAGUGGAGGUCUACAGCUGCAGUGCGGGCAACAGCAACUGCUCUCAGUGUUGGGGCCGUCAGGCGCAGGGUCACAUCUGUGUCUGGUGUGAGAACAGCUGUCAGCAGCAGGAGCAGUGCCACUCCAUCACCACACGCUGCCCGGACCCACACAUACAGAAGGUCGAGCCGCUGUCGGGGCCACUGACUGGCGGGACGCUGCUCACGGUGCAGGGCAAGAACCUCGGACACAGUGCUGCUCAGAUCAACGUCUCCAUCGGCCAUGUGCCCUGCAGAAUACUGCCACAACACUACACUGUCUCAGUCAGGUUGGUUUGUGAGACUGGUGCAUCGUGGGAACAGACGAGCGAUCAUGUGACCGUGAGCGUAGCUGGGAACGCAGCGGGCGUUUCAAAGGACAUCUUCUCCUUUGUGGAGCCCAGGCUGCUGGAGUUCACGCCGCGGCAGGGUCCCCUCGCUGGAGGAACCAGACUCACCAUCCACGGCCAGUUCCUGGACGCUGGAUCCACAGUCAACGUCGAGAUCAACCGGACUCAGAACUGCACCGUCUUCAUGCUGUCCAGUGACGUCAUCGAGUGUGUGAUGCCUCCAGCCAAACCGGCCAUCGCUGAGAAUGUGUCGGUGUGUGUGGUGUAUGACAGCCAGCCGUGCCUCAGCGCUUCACCCAGCUUCACAUUCACCUAUGAGAAAAACCCUACUAUCAGUCACAUCAGACCCAACAGAAGCUUCCUUAGCGGUGGUCGCAGUAUCUCAGUCACUGGACACGGCUUCAAUCUGGUGCAGUCUGUCAGGAUGGAGGUGUCUGGAGUCGGACAGACGAUCUGCUCCUGUGUGUCGUCUACUCUGAUCGUUUGUCAGUCUCCUGCCGCCAAUCAAUCCCAGCAGGCCAUGGCACAUUUCUAUCUCAACGAGGUGCUGUACAGAGGAGAGGACGUGUCUCCAUCAGGACGAGGGUCGGACGAGGACGAGGACGAGGAGCCUCACGCUGAUGCCUUUCACUUUGAAUAUGUGGAGGAUCCGCAGUUCUAUACGGCCAACAAAGAGAAACUCAUCAAACAUCAUCCCGGAGAGCCUCUCAUCCUCAUCAUCAAUAAAGGGCCGAGCGUGCUGGACCUGACGCUGCAGGAAUACUCCGUGACGAUUGGCUCAGACCUCUGUGACAUCACCUUCCACAACGAGCAGCUGUUCCACUGCACCAUCAACAGAUCCCUGAGCGCCAGCACUGGAGAAUUGCCCAUUACCGUGCGUGUGGGUCAUUUCCGUAAGGUGAUAGCGAUGGUGCAGAUGGGUGGAGGCAGUGAGCUGGCCAUCGUCAUCUCCAUCGUGGUGUGCUGUGUGCUGCUGCUGCUGUGCACUGUGGCGCUGGUGGUUUACUGCACUAAGAGCCGCAGGGCAGAGAGGUAUUGGCAGAAGACUCUGUUACAGAUGGAGGAGAUGGAGUCCCAGAUCCGUGAUGAGAUACGCAAAGGCUUCGCGGAGCUGCAGACUGAUAUGACGGAUCUGACUAAAGAGCUCAAUCGCACACAGGGAAUCCCCUUCCUGGAGUACAAGCAGUUUGUCACACGCACCUUCUUCCCCAAGAUGUGCUCUGACUACGAGAGGCGUCUGGUUCAGCCGGUGUAUGAAAACAAUCCUCUCGGCCCGCGAGCUCUGUCUGAAACACAUCCUCUGCUGCAGGACUGGCAGUCAUCUAAUAGAAUGCGGCCCAACCUUGAGGAGGGGAUCACACUGUUUUCCACUCUUCUCAACAACAAACACUUCCUGGUCACCUUUGUUCACGCUCUCGAGCAGCAGAAAGACUUUGCCGUAAGAGACAGGUGCAGUCUUGCCUCUCUGCUCACGAUUGCCCUCCAUGGUAAACUGGAGUACUACACCAGCAUCAUGAAGGAGUUGCUAGUGGAUUUGAUCGACGCUUCAGCCUCCAAAAACCCCAAACUGAUGCUCCGGCGGACUGAGUCAGUCGUGGAGAAGAUGCUCACCAACUGGAUGUCCAUCUGCAUGUACAGCUACCUUAAGGAGACGGUCGGCGAGCCGUUCUUCCUGCUGCUGUGCGCCAUCAAGCAGCUGAUCAACAAGGGCUCGAUCGACGCCAUCACGGGGAAGGCACGCUACACGCUCAACGAGGAGUGGCUCCUUCGAGAAAACAUCGAAGCCAAACCGCAGAACAUCAACGUCUCGUUCCAGGGGUUUGGUAUGGACUCAGUGAGUGUGCGUGUGAUGAACACGGACACCAUCUGUCAAGUGAAGGACAAAAUACUAGAGGCCUUUUACAAGAACCUGCCCUUUUCGCAGUGGCCUCGAGAAGAGGAUGUUGAUCUGGAGUGGUUCCCAGAGGGCCGAAGCAGCAGAAUCCUGCAGGAUCUGGACGACACGUCUGUCAUGGAGGACGGCAGAAAAAAACUCAACACCGUCUUCCACUAUCAGAUCCCAGAUGGAGCAUCACUGGCCAUGAGCAUGAAGGACAAGAGAGAGAACACACUGGGCCGAGCGAAAGAUCUGGACACAGAGAAAUAUGUCCAUCUGUACUGUGAUGUUCUCUGCGUGUCUCUCUGCAGUUUGCCUCUGCGCUUCUGGGUCAAUAUCCUGAAGAACCCUCAGUUUGUGUUUGAUAUCGAUAAGACGGAUCACAUGGACGCGUGUCUGUCUGUCAUCGCUCAGGCUUUCAUUGACGCCUGCUCUCUCUCUGACCUGCAGCUGGGCAAAGAUUCUCCCACCAAUAAGCUGCUGUAUGCCAAAGAGAUCCCGGAGUAUAAGAAGAGAGUGCAGUGUUACUACAAACAGAUUCAAGAGAUGGCGCCGCUGAGCGAGCAGGAAAUGAACGCUCACCUGGCCGAGGAGUCGCGGAGAUACAGGAAUGAGUUCAACACUAACCUGGCCGUAAUGGAAGUCUACAAGUAUGCCAAAAGAUAUCGCAAUCAAGUGGUGAGCGCGCUGGACUCGAGCCCGACGGCUCGACGCACUCAGCUGCAGCACAAGUUUGAGCAGGUCAUUGCACUGGUGGAAGACAACAUCUAUGAGUGCAGCAGUGAGGCCUGAGCCCACAUUCAUUCCCCUGACCGCUGCCUCAAAGAACAGAAGCCCUGACGUCCAUAUCUGAUCAAAACUGUCCCACAUUUACUGAACCAAUGAGGAUAAUCAAGUGAAGUAGUGAGGGGGAAACGCCCAUGUUUCACCGCUUGUUCUUGCUAUGAUG